CCGAGUCCCCGCGUGCGCGAUGCGGCCGCUCACCGAGGCGGAGACGCGGGCGGUGUUCGAGAAGCUCGGGCGAUACAUCGGCGAGAACAUCCAGCUGCUGGUGGACCGGCCUGAUGGCACCUACUGCUUCCGCUUGCACCGCGACCGCGUCUACUACCUGAGCGAGAAGCUGCUGAAGGUGGCAGCCAGCAUCCCCCGGGAGAGCCUGGUGUCUCUGGGCACCUGCUUCGGGAAGUUCACCAAGUCGCAGAAGUUCCGGCUCAGCGUCACGGCCCUGGACUUUCUCGCCCCCUACGCCAAGUACAAGGUGUGGGUGAAGCCCGGCUCCGAGCAGUCCUUCCUCUACGGCAACCACGUCCUGAAGUCAGGCCUGGGCCGCAUCACGGAGAACACGGCGCAGUACCAGGGCGUGGUGGUGUUCUCCAUGGCCGACGUCCCGCUGGGCUUUGGGGUGGCUGCCAAGUCCACACAAGAGUGCCGGAAGGUGGACCCCAUGGCCAUCGUGGUGUUCCACCAGGCUGACGUUGGGGAAUACGUGCGGAAUGAGGACACGCUGACCUAAGGGAACCCCAGUGCUCUGGAGACAUGAGCAUUCCUGGACAGAAUGGACCUUGUCCUGCACCCUCAGUGCAGCAGCAGCACAGGGAGCUGCAGAGAGCCUACCCCAAGCAGGAUGGGGGGCUGGGAGCUGCUGACACAGAGCCUGACACCCUGGGGGGUGCUUCCAAGGCAAGGAGGGGCUGCCCCUGUGCCCACCCUGCCCUCACAUAAAGCCUGUUCUUUCUCCAA